AUGGUUUUGGGGAAAACCAACACCACUGAGGUUCCCACCAAACGAUUGACAACAAGUUAUAGUAAGGCAGCAACUAAACCUCCCAAAACCACCACAACUGAACAUCUGACUGAAGACACUGGUAGAACAGCGGAGAGAGCAGUGUCCAGAAAAGACACUGAAGAAGAAGAAGAAGAAGGUCCUUUGGAAUUAGAAAGGAGGUCCACCAGGAGCGUUAAGGUAGCAAAGAAGCCCAAAACGAUCCAGAAGAAAUCCAAACUCAUCACCAAGAAGCCAAAGGUUGUUAAGAAAGCCAAACCUCAGGGCAAACAAAGUGUGAGCCAAUCAGGGGCCACGGAGACAGUCCCACAAUGUCCUCCACUGGGUCUGGAGUCCCUGAAGGUUAAAGACAUUCAGCUGAGAGCAUCUUCCUACAAACGCCGGGGCCUGGGCCCUCACCGCGGCCGACUCAACAUCCAGUCUGGGAUAGAGGACGGUGAUGUCUAUGAUGGAGCCUGGUGUGCUCAGUACAGAGACAAGAAGCAGUGGCUGGAGGUCGACGCCCUGCGACUGACUCGCUUCACUGGUGUCAUCCUGCAGGGUCGCAGCUCCAUCUGGAGUUGGAACAUGGUGUAUACCUACAAGGUGCAGUUCAGUAACGACUCUCUGGUCUGGAAGCCGUGUAUGAACGGGACUGAAGAGGCUGUAUUUGAAGGAAACCAGGAUACAGAGACACCUGUCCUCGCCCUUUUCAACACUUCCACGGUGGCCCGUUACAUCCGGAUCAACCCACAAACCUGGUACCAGAAUGGGACGGAGGGUGACAUCUGCCUGAGAGCCGAGGUGUUGGGCUGCACACUCCCAGAUCCAAAUAAUAUCUACGCAUGGGAGACGGAGCCCACACAGUCUAAAGACAAACUGGACUUCAGACACCACAACUACAAGGAGAUGAGAAAGUUGAUGAAGUCAGUGAACGAGGCGUGUCCUGACAUCACCCGCAUCUACAGCAUCGGGAAGAGUUACACAGGUCUGAAGCUCUACGUCAUGGAGAUAUCUGACAACCCUGGAAAACAUGAACUGGGAGAACCAGAGUUCCGAUAUGUUGCAGGGAUGCAUGGGAACGAGGUGCUGGGCCGAGAGCUUCUGCUCAAUCUAAUGCAGUACAUGUGCCAGGAGUACAAACGGGGAGACCAGCGCAUCGUCCGCCUGGUCAAAGACACUCGCAUCCACCUCCUGCCUUCCAUGAACCCCGACGGAUAUGAGAUGGCCUUUAAAAAGGGCUCAGAAUUGGCAGGUUGGGCCCUGGGCCGUUAUAGCUAUGAAGGUAUCGACAUGAACCACAAUUUCGCUGACCUCAACUCAGUGAUGUGGACCGCCAUCGAGCUGGAGACAGACCGGACCAAACUCAUCAACCACUACUUUCCCAUCCCUGAGCAGUACACCUCUGAGGAAGCCUUUGUGGCGUCAGAGACCCGAGCUGUCAUCAACUGGAUGCAGAACAUCCCAUUUGUUCUCAGUGCUAAUCUCCAUGGUGGGGAGUUGGUGGUCACCUACCCAUAUGACAUGACCCGGGACUGGGCACCUCGUGAGCACACACCCACCUCUGAUGAGAGCUUCUUCCGCUGGUUGGCCACAGCGUACGCCAGCACCAAUCAGGUGAUGUCCAACCCAGACCGGCGGCCCUGCCACAACAAGGACUUCCUCAGAUACAACAACAUCAUCAAUGGAGCCGACUGGCACAACGUACCAGGAAGUAUGAAUGAUUUCAGCUACCUUCACACCAACUGUUUCGAGGUGACGGUGGAGUUGUCAUGUGAUAAAUUUCCUCAUGCCAGUGAGCUUCCCAUCGAGUGGGAGAACAACAGAGAGUCUCUGCUGGUUUACAUGGAGCAGGUCCACCGUGGAAUCAAGGGUGUGGUUCGUGACAAAGAUACAGAGGCUGGUAUAGCAGAUGCCAUCAUUAAAGUUGAUGACAUUGAUCAUCAUAUUAGAUCAGUUGCUGAUGGCGACUACUGGCGGCUGCUGAAUCCCGGUGAGUACCGGGUCACAGCCAGCGCAGAGGGCUACUACCCCUCCUCCCGCACCUGCCAGGUCAUGUACGACUACUACCCCACAAUCUGCGACUUCCGCCUCACCAAGAUGCCCAUACAGAGGCUAAAAGAGAUUUUGGCGAAGGGGGAGAAACUCCCGAAGGACCUGCAGCUCCGGCUGCGUCAGCUACGCCUGCGAAAGUUCCGUGUCACCACCAAGGCCAUGAACCAGAGGCGUGCUGCUGCUGCCAAACGGGCAAAGAGGGUGUGAUGAUGAUGAAAGACAAUAUGAGAACAAAGCAGGACUCUGUUCAUUUCACACUGGAUUCAUGUCACUUAUUCUUUUUUUAAAUGCUGUUACUCACCAAGGACAUAACAACUGGGCACCAUGCUUCUUUUCAGCAACAUACUGUUUUACACCUGUACACGUACACACCUGAGAAAUCAACAGUUUCAUCAUCUGCAGCUGAGGGAACAGUUUCUUUCUUCAGGCCACAUUUAUGGCUGCUGUCACAUUAAAUGUAUUUUCCAUGUUUCAGGCUGAAUUGUUCAGCAAGGUCACAAGUUCAACUUUCAUAAAUACAAUGAAAGAAACUGUUGACCCACAAGAGGCCACACCAGCCAGUUUACUGAAAACAAUGUUUUAUACACAGCAGGAAAAUGAUGUUUCUGUUUCUACACUAUUAACAGAAUCUCAAUGUAAACACCUUCACAUUAGGCAGAACUUUACAUUGAUGGUCACGGUUUCGAUUCAAAUCCGUGCUGCGAGAAUACAGAGCCAAAACAACAAAUUGUGUCAUCGUCCAAAUACUGUACUUUAGGACCAUACUGUAUGACUGUAUCACUCUGUUACAAAGUUUUAAAGUUUAAAAACAAGCUACAAAUUCUGGAUAUAUUAACGAAAAUAUGUGCUGUUUAAACUUUUUCAUUAAAACAUAAAGGCUUUG